UAAUAAUAUAUAGUGAAAUAUAUGAUUGCUGAUUAUGUAGACUAGAUAAAAUCUAGAUGGUUUUUACUUUGUCAUUUCUAAUAUUAUCUAAAGAUUUACCUUAUUUUGUACCAAUUUUCUCCAUUGUGAUGGAAGAUGGUUAUUGUACAAUCAAUGUUAAAAGACCAGAAAUAGUUAAGCUGAAAAAAUUUUCUAUUGACCCAGUUCCAUCCAAAAAGCUUCCAACCAACCGUAAAAAUAGCCUAAGAAAUCAAAGAACACCCUUAAUAAGCUCUGAAAUAAAAACAGUACCAGUACAAGAACCACUCAGUGUUAAGAAAUUGAAAAGACCAGAAAUUUUAUUGCCACUUAAACUAUUUUUAAAGCAGCAAGACUCGGAUGUAUUUGAAAAGCGCACCGCAAUAUCUAUAUACGAAAGACAUAAUAUUAAAACUGCUGACUUAUGUAAGCGAUUAUACAUUGAACAUCCAUCUAAUGAAGUAAACACGGUGACUGAUAUUGAUGGUUGUUUUUUUAAUAUAAUUGAAAACAGACCAAUAAAUUUACAUGUGCCAAUAUAUAAGUCUUACAAAUCAAUGUUAAGUGAUUAUUUUAGAGCUCGUUUUGAUAUUGGCAACAUUAAUGAUCGUAUACUAAAUAUUGAACUAAAUCAAAGAAGAGAACUCGCCACACACGAUUUAACUAUACAAAGAUUUACUAACCAGGCUCGAUCUUUCGAUAAAUUUAUUUCAGAAGACUAUCAUAGGUCUAUGCUUCUUUUAACAAAAUGUGAACUGUUAGAAAAUGAAGUUGACAGUAAAAUCCUGGAGCUACAAAAUCUAGCAACUCAAAGGUUUAGUAAUAUAUCACGUAUAAUCGGAUUAGACUAUAAAUACAGCCAACAGCAAAAAUAUGGAAGGUUUUUGUAUUAUUUAUCGCCUCCCACCUGGCGCUUGAAAAACAGGGAAUUUGCGAGAUCAAUUGAAAUAGAAACUAAGGGUUUUGACUUUGGUGAUAGUAGCGAAGAAGACACAUUUACCAUCAUCUUUGAAAAAUUACGAAAAAUUUGUUACGGAACGCCAAUCAACCCAGUACUAUACUUUACAAAGCCUGACCAACUUAUUGAGGUUUUUAAUGCGAUGGAGAACCAGCAAUUGCAUUAUUUUUCUCAUGUUACUCAUUUGACACCUUUCAAGCACAUCUUGAGAGACGAAUUAAAAACAUUGAGAGAAAUAAUGAUACAAGACAGCGCUACAGUUCGUAAUUAUAUUACAAAAAUUGAAAAGGUUUUGGCUGUUAGCGAAGAAAAAAGUUCCCUUUUACAGGCUAAGUUUUAUAAAAUACUUAACGGUAUGUUUUACGACAGUGUUGGCUCAAUAGAUGUUCUGAAACUAACGCUACAUUUAGAGUUUUGUUUUGAGAAAGUGCUUCGUGAUAAACCCACUAAUUUGGAUAUUGUAACAAUGGCCAGAGCUCUUGAAAAUUUUUACUUGGAGUAUUCUUACCGUUUAGAUGCUAUACAAAACGGUAGUGUUCGUCGAGCAAUGGCUAAAUGUGAGCAGAAUGAAAGGCAUAAAUAUAUUCGAGCUAAAUGUGCUGCAAAUGAAUUACGGUUAUUUAACAGACUCGAAAAACAACUAUAUCGAGCGUAUGGUUUAAACUACAGCAAUCGAUAUAAACCACAAUUUUUUGAACGCAAGCCAAAAAUGACAAAUAACAUUCAACCCUGCACCCACGAAGAGAAAAGUAAUGUGACAUUAACAGCGGCAGAGAUUGAAUAUCUAAAACUUUUCACUGACUGGACGGAACAUGAUGAUCCCGCUAGAUACUUCCAAGUUAGCCCGCGUGGUGAGAAAAGCUAAAUGUUAUGGAUUAGACAUUCAGGUGUAU